CGCAGCGAGUUGUGGGUGAACGCGGUGUUGUCGUGUGUUUCGGCCCGAAAAAUUAUGCCCGAUUUGACCACUGGUUUCGGCAAUCGCGUCGCGGAGUGUCGGCGGGGUUGCGUGUGAUCGGUUGCGUGUGCGUGCAGGUGCGCCGGACGGACGAGCGAUGGACGCCGUGGCCGAGAUGGAGCAGCACUCGAGGGAGACGACGGUCGAUUCGUCGCCGAGUUCUACGCAUGCCGACCUGAUGUCGCCUGGUGGCGGCGGCGGUUGUGGCGGCGGGCUCAGCCCGUCGUUGUCGCGCUCACUCGCCGCCUCGUCUUCGGAAGGUGCGGGCGACUCGCCUCCUCCGCCACCCGACCAUUCCAGCAAGCAGCAUAUCGUCAGGCAGCUCGUCAUCCACCACCCCGCGCUAAUCGUCAAGCAGGAGGAGGUCGGCGCCUCCUCGGUAGUCUCCGCCGAGGACCUUUCACCCUCCACCAAACAGGAGCAGCAGCAGACCCUUUCGGUGAUCGUGCCCGCGCACGAGGACGGCUCCUCUCAACUCGACUCGCAGGAGCUGCUCAGUCCUGGCAAGUUGUCGCCCUCAUCGGGCAUCGCCGGCAUGAUUGACGCGUCCGACUUUCGGGCGCUUCAGCCCGAGCCCACCUACCAGACCCUGACGUCCGUCAACGGCCGCAUGUCGCCGCCGGGCUUCAGCCCCACCUCAUCCUACGCCACCCUGACGCCCCUCCAGCCCCUGCCCCCCAUCAGCACCAUGAGCGACAAGUUCGCCUACGGACACGCGGCGUCCAACGUGUCCGGAUCGUUCACCGUGAUGCAGAACAACGGCCUCGCCGGCCUGGGCAUGGCGUACGCGCCCUACGACAAACUGCCCUCGAUGGGCAUGUCACCGCCGUCGCACUACUCGUCGUCGCCCAACAACUGCCAGAUGCAGCAGCACUCGCCCCUGUCCCCGCAGAGCGCGUACGGACAGAACGGCGGCGCCGGCGGCGCCCUCCACUCGCCGCCGACGCACAAGUCGAUGUCGCCCAACGGCGGCGCCGCCGGCGGCGGCUACAUGGGUGCUCCGCACUCGCCCACCCUGAGUCCACCUUCGGCGUCCAUGCACUCGCCGACCUUGGUGGUCAGUCCCAACUUUGCGUCGUCGCAGGGCGGCGGCAACGCGCUCAACGGCCUCGGCGCCGUGUCGCCGCAGCACCAGCAGCAGCAUCACUCGCCCAUCCACUCACCGUCGCCGCCCGUGGCGAACACGGUUGUCGUGUCGGCGCCGCCGUCGCUGGCCCUCAAGGUCAGCACGGGCGGCGGCGGCAGCAACUCUUCUUCGGCCGGCUCCUCGUCGGCGUCGACGGCCGCUGCGGCGGCCGCCGCCGAAAUCGAGGAGAUCAACACCAAGGAGCUGGCGCAGCGAAUCAGCGCCGAACUCAAAAGGUACAGCAUCCCUCAAGCCAUUUUCGCACAACGCGUUCUAUGCCGAUCGCAAGGAACUCUUUCAGAUUUGUUGCGCAACCCCAAACCGUGGUCGAAACUUAAAUCGGGCCGGGAAACUUUUAGACGUAUGUGGAAAUGGCUGCAGGAACCCGAGUUUCAACGGAUGUCGGCGCUUCGACUUGCAGCUGCUCAGAUUCCACAACGAGGCAUAUGUACCUCUGUUGUAGCCUGCAAGAGGAAAGAAGACCCACAGACUCAACAACAGCAGCAGCAGCAACAAGAGCAUCCGCCUGCACCCAAGAAGCCGCGCUUGGUUUUCACCGACCUCCAGCGGCGUACGCUACAGGCUAUUUUUAAGGAGACAAAGAGGCCAUCGAAGGAGAUGCAAGUGACGAUCGCCCGGCAGCUGGGCCUCGAGCCGACCACGGUGGGCAACUUCUUCAUGAACGCGCGCCGCCGCUCGAUGGACAAGUGGAAGGACGAGACGCUGUUGGACGGGUCGGGCUCGUCGGCGAAGAACUCGCCGCAGCAGACGACCAACACGACGGUGGUGCAGGUCGGCCCAAGUGCCCAGCAAAGUCUUCAGCAGCAAACGGUGACCAUUCACGCGAGCGACUCCUUGUGACACAACAGCUUCGAGGACGACGCCUCGCACCGCAACAAUGAACAUUUGGUGUUUCUCUGAGGCACAGGCCGUUCGCCAAAAACACUCGUCGCCAGCAAAGCGACCCCUUCCUCCCCGUGCAGCGCCGACACUUUCCCAGCAGCCCAAAGUCUGAUUUUUUACGGAAAUGACAAUUAUUUUUAAGAUUCAAAAACGGCUCACUGCGUCUUUUUUUGCUUUUAUAUAAAUGUAUUGGGCGGAGUGAGAAGUAAAUAGUGACCAGAUGUCAUUUCUCCCAUUCAUUCCGUGGGGCACUUGAUGAUGGAAAAGUUGUGUUUUCCUCGCACCCGCCUUCACUUGUUCUUAAUACAACAAGGCGAACUUUCUUGCUCUUCCCUUUCUGCAACACGUUUGGCCGAAGUAAGAGAAAAAGAAUCAUCUCGCAAUUUAUAUAUCUACACAUUAAUUUUUAAAUAUUUUAAUCUGCUGGGAGAGGAAAGAUCGGUGCUGGAAGGAGAAAGGGUCGAUCGAGUGACUGCUGCUUAUAGAAAUUGUUUGGUUGUUGAGUUUUGUUUGGUUUUCCACGGCCGAGAUUCGUUGUUUGUUGUCUUCUUCUAUCUAUAUAGUUGAGGUCAGACAGGUUUUUAAAAAUCGUAACCAGCUCUAGUCGAGUUCAGGGACCCAAAUGUAGUGUUUUAAGCGAAUAUCACAAAAAAAAAAUGUGUAACCCCCGAACAUUCCCCUUUGAUUUGAGAAUUAUUGUGAUUGAAUUUCGAGCGUGUAUUGUGCUCCCUUAGUCAUUUUUGUGAUUGUUCAUUCCGUUUUUUACUGUCGGUAGCUUUGCUUUUUCAAGGCUAAUAUAUUUAAGUUUAAGGCUCUAGUCAUUUUACAAAAGAGAGCAGGAUUUUUAUUUUAUUAAAUUCGAUCUCAUUAUAUUCUUUUUUGUGUACGCAAGUAUAGUGCUAACUUGAUUUGGCUGCCUCGAAUGCUAACUUUACUAAGACAGUGCAGACGGUUUUUCAAAUCGAUGAAAAACAAAAAUGGGACACAUAAAUAUUUCUCGAGCAAUAGCCUUUUGGUGUGCGCAUUUCUUGGAAGUAUUGAAAAAAAAAGAAUUAUAUUCCGACGAAUGUGGAUUUUUGUAGCUCAUAGAGAUAAUAAUCGAUGGAAAAUCAUUAUGAAUAUAUGCAAAUCGCAGUGUAAAAACCUUGUACAGACCCUUUUUUACACCCACACAUACACGGACGCACCUGCGCAAAAACCAAUCAUCUCACGCGUUCAAAUGACAUUAUAUUCAACAAUAUUUAUAUUACGAGAGAAUCGAUGCUUAUUCGGUGUAGUUUUCCGUUAAAAAUAAUACAAACAAAGAAAGGAACACAAUAAGACGUAGAAGUUGUCGCUCAUUACGUACACACACUUUUGCUCCAUAGCUCUCAAUUUACUGAUUGAAAACCAUUUAUUUUUCUAUCGAACGACGAUCUUUAGGAAACUGUAAAAAAAAACACGUUUAAAAAUCAAGAAAGAAAGAAAGAUUUUUCGACGGACUAACACGCAAUACUACAUUGAUUGAUUUGUACGUUGGAAUCGGGACAAAAAGUAAUUAAAACCCAAAAUAUAUAGACAUGAAUCCACAGAAUGAAAAUUAGUGCGCGAAUUACCCCUGUGCCCUCGCAAGGUUUGACCCUGAAACCGUUGUGCUCUGUUGUAAAAAGAACAUAUAUAUUUCCUCUGCUAUUGAAAUAGCACGUAAGAAGAAUCAGUCAAGUCAGUGAAUGUGUUAUGUAUAAAAUUUAAAAAUAAACAAUGGUACUUAAGGAACAAGUCUGUAAAUAAUGCGCGUAGGCAUUCGAUGAAUCAAGCAAGACACACACACCCUCUAAUUGCCGAAUCGAUUAGCAAAAACCCUUAAUUAAUAUUCUAAAAAUCAUUUUGCAUAUGCUGAGUAUAAUUAUAUAUAAUUACGAGAGCGAGAAAAUUGUUGUAAAAUGUACAUGUAGAGCGCGAGAGAGAAAAAGCUCCCCCUGAAACUGAUCAAAAAGUCUUUUAAUCUGCAAUAAAAAUAAAAAUCGCGUUGGAAAAAAGGAUUUUAAUUGUGGGUUUUCAGAACAAGCGAGAUCGCUGGAUUGAGCAUAGAAUGCGAGAAGAAUUUAGAAAAGUUGAUGAAAAUAAUAAUAACUGUUUCCGAAAAGUCGCAGGAUUGAGAAUUAUAAAAGUAGAAAGAGAAAGCGCGCGUUUAUUGACAAAACCAAAAGCUAACCACCCCAAAAGUAAUGACGAGAUGUGCAAAAAAAUUGUAUUUAAUUAAACCAAAAAUCGAGUGCAUAUGUGGUGUACGUAGUUAUGUAUCGGAUAAAAUCACUGAAUGGUUUUUAUAUAAUUGAAUGGAAAAUUCGGCGAUCACCAAUUAUUAUCGUGUAAUAUAUUGGACAAGACAAAUAAGAAAAUGCGGCAUUCUGGAACUCAAUUACUUCAUUAUAUAUUCCAUUUUUAUUUUAUUUUAGAAGUGCAUCAUUAAAAAGAAAAACACGUGCAAUGAUAUUAAUUUUAACAAGAGAUACAAAACGUACCUUAUUUGUUAUCGCCCGUCGUCCCGAAUCUAGAUUCAAUGGGACUUCUUGCAAGGCGAAAAUAAAUAUAUUAUUAUCCAUUCCAAUGUGUUGAUGAUGUGAUUGUUGAUCAUUUGGAAUGUGCAAAAACUUGGACCUCAAAGGUCAGGAAGAACCAUAUGCGUUUGUCUGCCACUGAAGAAGUUAAUUUUGACAAGACUUGUUUGCAUUCAAGUAACCGAUUGGAAUGAAUUAUGUACCUAUUAUUAGUCAAAGAGUCUUAAUCUCGAAACCUCUAGUCUGACAAAGAAUGCCCCCGACUUGUGAGAACCUUAUACAUAAAAAACGACUGCAGAAUGUAAAAAGUUGUUGGUUUGUAUAUGGCGUCGUGACAAAAAAAAAUACUAAACAAAAUAA